GCUAUUCUGUCAAGAUGGACUUUGGGAAUGGCAACGUACAGAAAGAUUUGCGAUGCUGUGGAACGAUUUAGCGGUAUAGAUUUUGCAUCAUCAGAGCAACAUAUAGAUACUCGAGAAUCCUCGCAAACCCGAGACAAUAUUGAUGCAAAGAAAAUGAUGGAGUGGUUCCACCAACACCCGCCCUUCCAGAAGACAGCUGAGCUCAUUUCUUUAAGCACAGGGGUCAUGGGUGAUGAAAAAAUAAAUUGCCACUUGUCUAGGGAGGAAGGAGUCAAGUGUAUUGACAAAAUGUUGGCAAUUGCUGGCAACAAUUUUGAGUCAGUUAAGUUUAAGCGAAGAGAGAGGGUGCUGUCACUUGCCACCAUGAAAUCUUCAAUAAUAGUUCAUGAUCAAUCUGUAGUUGUUAAUCCAACUACCCUAUUUCAACGCAUGAGUAUUGCUAAAGAGUCAGACGAGGAACUCGAGGAGUUCUUGACAUACGAACUGAGCCCCUUUCCACUUGCCCUAUUUGACGAAAAGAAAGGUGGUCUAAUGAGGAAAGGGACAAAAUCGACACUGUACAAAGCUUUUCGAGGAGAACCUGACACAUCUAUAUUGGAUAAACAUCCCAAAUAUGUUGUUGACGGUGGAUUUCUUCUACACAAAGUUGUGUGGCCUGAAAAGAAGACAUUUGGUCAAAUUUGUGACAGCUACAUUGAAUACUUAAAGAAAAAAUAUACAUCAACCGCAGUAGUAGUCUUCGACGGCUACUCAGACGCACAAAGAGGAACUAAACAAAUGGAGCGCAUGAGAAGAUCCAUGACUCAGUCAGUUGACAUCCAAUUCAAUGACAAAAUGGUGCCCACGGUCCCCCAGGAAAAGUUUUUGUCUAAUCCCUACAACAAAAGCAGAUUCAUUAGCAUGCUUCUACAGAAACUGAGUGCAUCGCAAAUUGACACGAAGCAAGCAAGUGAAGAUGCAGACACUCUGAUUGUGCAAACAGCCCAAUCUCUUGCUGAAGAGCACGAAACUGUUGUAGUGGUUGGUGAGGAUGUAGACCUCCUGGUUAUUAUGAUUGGAACCCUGACGUCAUCCAAUGUAUACUUUUUAAAACCAGGAAAAGGCAAACAUCUUCCAUCUGUUUACCAUCCUUCAAGUACCAUCGAUAAAUGCCUGGCAGAACAUAUACUAUUCAUACAUGCAGUCAGUGGUUGUGACUCCACAUCUGCUCUGUUCAAACAAGGGAAAGUCAAGUUUAUAAAAACCCUUACAAAGUAUCCUGAUCUGUCAGUCUACAUUCGACAAUUCAGAAGCCCACGUGCCACAUCAGAAGAAAUUUCGGAGGCAGGGGAAAAAUUCCUAGUGGCCUUGUAUGGCGGAGAUCAUCGCACUACUUCAAUUAAUAAGCUGCGUUACAAACAGUAUGUGUCAUCAGCAUUUAAGGUUAGCGGAAAUGUAGCGUCCAUCCCUCCCACUAAAGCUGCAGCCCAACAACACUGUUACAGGGUAUUUCACCAAGUACAGCAGUGGCUGGGGAAUAUUCAACUACCUGAGCAGUGGGGAUGGAAACUUAUUAAAGGCAACUUGAUUCCCAUCACGACCCUUGAGCCCCCAGCUCCAGAGAAGCUUCUGAAACUCAUUGCCUGCAAGUGCCAGAAAGGUUGCAAGGGCAAUUGCGGAUGUAUAAGGGUUGGGUUAUACUGCUCCAGACUGUGUCUGCAUUGUGAAGGAAGAUGCUCUAAUAUAGAAAUAAUGCUGAGUGAUGACGAUGAAGACGUUUCACCUGAGAAGCUCGAAGUAGAGAGACCAGCGCCUAUCCUUCAAGAACUCGAGCAAUCCACUGACCAGAAAGGGCUAAAGAGAAAACAUUACGUCGCUCCGGAGAUACAGCCUGGACCUUCUAAACGGAUCAUCUGCGAACGCAAUGCUGAGCUUUAUGCAGGUAAUGACUUCUUCUUCUCCAUCUUAUUUUCAGUUUUAUCUUUUUUUUAUAAAUAAUAUUAAAGUCUAUUGUGCAAAGACAUAUUAAAUUCUGGCCGUAAUGGACAUGAACGACAUUGAUUUUAUUAUAGUUAUCUAAAGCCUCCAUUUUCGUUGUUUUAGGUGAUAAUUCUGCAGAUGAGGACGCCGACGACGAAUGAACAUAAAAAUUUAGAAAAAUAGUGUUUUUGCUUUAUUUUUUGUGUAAAUAAAAAUUUGUUCCAAUAUGUUUUCUUUUAUCAAAACAUUAUU